AUGUGCAUUCUAAGGAAUCCUGAAUCAAACGACACCCGGUCAAUAAUUGUAAAAGUGUGCAAUCGAAAUUUUUUAUUGCUCAAUGAUGAACUGCUUGGUUCAGCGGAGAUUCUUUUGAAAGAGCUUACUUGUUACAAAUCCCCUAAAACGAACUGGUUUAGACUGCAAAAUCAAGGCAAUGAUGAAGGAGAGAUAUUGUUAACCUUGGUAUAUGGGGAAACACUCACCGCUAUCAAGGAAAAUUAUUCAUUCCUUCGGAAGUCAACAUCGUUCAAAAACUUAGCCGUCAAAUUUGGAGAGAAGUUAUCUGUGAAAAAGGCUGAAAAUGAAUUUAAGAAGCGAAGAGAAAGUUUGUGUCAGAUGCCUAGAAGUGGAGAUAAUGAACUGUCGAUAUCAAAAUUUGGUUCAAUGGGAGCUACAAUAAAAGAUCUAUAUUGGACACCAGACGAAAUAAUGAAGAGUCCGUUGGAUAUUUCAACAUCUUCAGAAUCGUCCGAUCAAACAUUUUUGAGAAGAAAACGAAAAUCAGAACCAACGCUUACCGGACUGAGGCAUACGAUCGAUUUUUCAACAUUGGAUUCAUUCAGUCCAUUAGAAAAUGUUGAUGCUCAAAAUGAAAAAGAGAGUAGUCCAGAGUUGACUGAAGAUUUACCAAAUUGUAAAAGAGAAAUUAUAAAGGAAUUCCAGGCUGAAACAGAUGUUUGUCCGGCCAACGAAGAAACAGCUUCAAACUCAAAACUGUUUAAAACAGUUGUACAAGCCGACAAAAAUUUGUUGGAAAAGUUCGAUAGUUAUGAUAGCUUGCAAGGAUCAGAAGAAGAAUAUAUCAACGGUGGUAAAAGUAAUUUAAAAACCUCAAAUUUCUCAAAAGACAAAGUCACACGAGACACCAACGCUUCAAACAUCACACGCCAACUAGAAUGCUACUCUAAAAACGAAUUAAUCCAAUUGGUGAUAGACCAGAGGGAAUGGAUCAAGAACAGAGAAUUGUACAUCUUGGACAUGGAGGCCUACAUGAAUGGAUUGCUCUUGAAGGUGCUCGAUGAGAACACACGAAAGAUUAAUUCCAAAGAACUCGGCAAAAAGUUUGUCCUCCCACAGCCAGUGCAAUCAAUGACUCAAGACAAACAACCCACCGCAACCGACAAAGACGAAAAAAAUUUCGGAAAUAUUGAUAAUCCCAACAACACACUAAUCAACUCAUCUCAAACAUAUUUACAAAACAAAAUUCUAAUAAUCAAUUGUAAAGAGAGCCACAACUCAACGGUCUCCAACUGUUAA